ACGUCGGAGAUUGUGUUGAUAACAACAACAAAUCGCAUUUUCGUUCACGUUCGCCGUAUCGGUGCACUGCAUUUAUCAAUUAUUUUAUCAAUUGUCCACAAUUAUCACGCUCACCCGUUCUUUUCGAAGUCUUUUCGGUGUUUCAACGUCAAGGCUUAGCUUGUACUCCACGAUGACGGCGAUUUCCCUUAUCUCGUCCACGAAAUGCUUCGGUGGAUUGCAAAAGAUUUACUCGCACCAGUCGAAGGAGCUGGCGUGCGAGAUGAAGUUUGCCGUCUUCCUGCCGGCCGCUGCCGAGGACCGCCGACUCCCCGUACUCUACUGGCUGUCCGGGCUCACCUGCAACGAGACGAACUUCAUACAGAAGGCGGGCGCACAGCGGUACGCCACCGAGCACAAUCUGAUCGUCGUCUGUCCGGACACGUCGCCCCGCAACGUGAACCUCCCAGGGGAGGACGAUUCGUGGGAUUUCGGAUCGGGCGCCGGGUUCUACGUCGAUGCGACGCAGGAACCGUGGUGCAAACACUACCGCAUGUUCAGCUACGUCACGCAGGAACUGAUCGAGCUGAUCAACGGCAACUUCCCGACGGUGGCCAACAAGAUGAGCAUCGCUGGUCACAGCAUGGGCGGGCAUGGGGCACUGAUCUGUGCGCUGAAAAACCCGGGCCUCUACAAAUCGGUGUCCGCGUUUGCGCCCAUCAGCAACCCUACCAGGUGCCCGUGGGGCGAGAAAGCGUUCGGCGGCUAUCUGGGCGUGGACAGCAAGGAGGAGUGGAAAAGCUGGGACGCUAGCGAGCUGGUCGCCGGUUACAAUGGGCCACCGCUGGAGCUGUACCUCGAUCAGGGUUCGGAGGAUAGCUUCCUGAAGGAUGGGCAGCUGCUGCCCCAAAACCUGGUCGAUGCGUGCCGUGCCGCACAGGUGCCGUGUGUGUUGAACAUGCGGGAAGGGUACGACCACAGCUACUUCUACGUUGCGUCCUUCAUCGGCGAACACAUUGCGUACCAUGCGCGCCAUCUGCAGUAAGGGCCAUGGUUUUGGGCAAAACAACAACAGCAAAAAAAAAACGACUGCAACACGAUUGGAGUGAAGCAAUAAACGGUUUGAUUUUUGAAUUUUA